GACAAACAUGCAAUGAUUCAGAGUUUACGAAAGAGAAGCCUGGCAGCUACCUCCGAAGUCACGUCAAAGAAACCUUUCAAACGGAAACAGCCUCACUGUGCCGAGUCAUGUGCUACCUUGAUGGCGUAUGCAUGUCCUAUAACUAUCAUCAAACAUCCGGCCAUUGUGAAAUCAAUGAUUCUGACCACCUUCAGUAUCCCAAGGACCUGGUCAAAAAAACUGGAUUUACGUAUGUUGGAACAAAGAAUGUCUGCGCAAGUAAGCCUUGCCCUGCAAUGGAUAUCUGCCAGACGGGUGUAAAUUCAAGGGAGUACACAUGCAUUAAGAUAGUUACCCUGGGUAGCAAAGAACGCCCUGCCAAGUCUUGUUUACACAUUCUGGCCAAUGGCUUUUCAUAUGGAUCUGGUGUUUACGUACUCGAUCCGGCCAACACAGGGAAACCAAUCGAAGCAUACUGUGACAUGACAACUGAUGGAGGUGGCUGGACCAAAAUCAAACGACUCUACUUGAAAAACCCGUCUUCACUAGAAAUAAAGGAUUACAACACCUAUCGUAUCAUUGGCCAGUACAACAACAACGACAGAAGUGUCCUCCCAACUUCAAAGGCUUUGUUGGAUAUUCACCAAAAGAUGGGGUUCCAUCAAAUCCAUUUCUAUUGUUACAAGAAAUCAGUAGGUAGAGUCGUGAGCAUCAUGACCAAAAACGAUACCGCUGGCCAACAUGUUAUACAUUUUUUCAUGACUCUAGGAGAGGUCUCAUCAGUUUUUCCCACUGCAUGUGGCUCGUUUGAUCGACUGCCCGAGGACACGUCUAUUCUGGCCCAAAACUGUUCUCUUUGGGGUAAAAUAAACAGCACUACCAUUCAAGUCGACACAUGGGGUUCACAUGACCAUAGAUGGAAAAGACGUCUUAGUAAUUAUCCAUUUGGAAUUGAAGGCAGCAUGAAAUUUUCAUCACAUAACAACGGUAGUUGCGAUGAUAUCGGAGAACCAAUGAAUAUAAAUGAUACCUGGCAGAUUUCAGUUCGCUAAAAUCAAUUUCUAUGACGUCAGUCAGUAUAUAAUAUAUAUAAUCAUGUUCACUCUUUUACUUUACUUGAUAAUGAUGGCAAGACGUCAUCGAAACGUCGUAACUUUUUGUCCCCUAAUUUUUAAAUUAUAUUUCUAAAGUUAGCCUUAUAAGAAUGUAUGAAUAGCUUACCUAUAAAGGAGUCUAAGCCUGUUCAAAUGAGUAUGUGGUCCGCUUCAAAAAUAGGGGUAUGCAUCGAAUGCGAAACUGGUGUAUUAAGUUGAUGUUUAGCUGGAGAACCUUCAGAAAAACUCUCCAAGCACAGGAGACAACCAACAAGCAACUCUACUCACAUACGAACUCGGGUCGCAUUGGUGAUGCAUUUGUAUCGAACACUACUCGUACUUUCCAGUUUAAAGUAGUUUCAAAGGAAUAUUCAAAUUUAAAAUUUGGAGCCUUGACUGAAAUUUUUGUGAAUCUGUGCCGAUGUAUGGAAAGUCGUAAAUUAAAAAAGAUAAGGACAAUGUAUCAGCACUGGACUCAAUUACAGGCACUAAUGUAUAGAAUCUCUUACAACUAUUUAUCAUUACACCGGAAAUAGAACGCAUGAAUAAAUUAAUAACCUCGA